UAAUAUAGUUGGAAGAGAAGCAGCCAGGUUGUGUCUUGGCUCAUUAGCUGAUGAAGCGAUGGCUGAGAUGGAGGAGGUGAUGUUAAACCUGGGAGAUCUGGAUUUGACCUCUGAUGAUCUCACUAUGGACAAUGUUGGCAUUCAUAUUCAGGAGAAUCUUGAGGAUGCUGUUGUUCAGGAAGCCCUGAAAGCGGGUGUUGAUCUGAGACAAUACUCCAAACAAGUUGAAGCUGAGCUGCAGCAGAUUGAGCAUGUGUCAAUCAAAGAUUAUAUAGAGCAGAGUCAGAAUAUCGCUUCUCUUCACAACCAAAUAAUAGCCUGUGAUGCCAUCCUGGAGAGGAUGGGUCUCAUGCUGGGCGGUUUCCAGUCGGACCUUAGCUCCAUCAGCUCUGAGAUCCACACCUUGCAGGAGCUGUCACUUGCUAUGAACAUAAAACUGAAGAACAGACAGACGGUGCGGAGUGAGCUGAGCCAGCUGGUGGAUGAACUCAUUAUUCCUAACACCAUGAUCAACGUGAUUCUGGAAGUGCCCGUCACUGACCAGCAGUUUGUUGAGCAGCUGCAGGAACUGAACAAUAAAAUUAACUACGUGAAAGAAGAGGCGUUCAGAGAUACCCAGGCGUGCGCCGACGUGCAAGAGACACUGCACAAGCUCAAGAUAAAGGCAGUCGCUAAAGUGCGCGAAUUCAUCCUACAGAAGAUCUACUCUUUCCGUAAGCCCAUGACUAAUUAUCAGAUUCCCCAGAAUGCUCUGCUAAAAUUCAGGUUCUUCUAUCAGUUCCUCCUUGGAAACGAGAGAUCCGUCGCACAGGAGAUCCAGGAUGAAUAUGUUGAGACUAUGAGCAAAGUGUACUUGUCAUAUUUCAAAUCCUACACCAGCAGACUCAUGAAAGUGCAGUAUGAGGAAGUUGCAGAGAAAGAUGAUCUCAUGGGUAUAGAAGACACAGCAAAGAAAGGUUUCUUCUCAAAGCCAGCGCUACGCAGCAGGAACACAGUGUUCACAGUCGGCAACAGAGCUGCAAUCAUCAGCCCCACAGAGAUAGAGGCACCGAUUAUUGUGCCGCAUACAGUGCAGAGGAGCGAUGUCAGAUACCCAUUUGAGUCCUUGUUUCGCAGUCAGCACUACGCUCUGCUUGACAACAGUUGUCGAGAGUUCCUCUUCCUGUCUGACUUUUUCCUGGUUAGCGGAUCAGCUGCUCAGGAACUGUUCAACUCUGUGAUGGGCAAAACCCUGGCUAUGUUCCUGAAGCACAUUGAUUCCUACGUAUCAGACUGCUAUGACAGCAUCGCCAUUUUGCUCAGUGUUCACAUUGUGAUACGAUUCAAAGCCAUUGCCCAAAAAAGAGACAUCUCUGCUGUUGACAAGUACUGGGAUGCACUUUUGGACAUGUUGUGGCCUAGAUUUCAAUAUAUCCUGGAAUUAAACAUUCAGAGCAUCCAGAACACGGAUCCCCAGAGACUGGGCAACCUCGAUACAAGACCGCAUUAUAUUACUCGCCGCUAUGCAGAGUUUUCCUCUGCCAUUUCCAGUAUAAAUCAGACAUCUCCAAAUGAGAAAACCAAUGCUCUCCUGGGGAAGCUCCAGGUGGAAGUGGAAAACUUUGUCCUUCGCAUGGCAGCAGAGUUUUCAUCACGGAAAGAGCAGCUCAUUUUCCUGAUUAAUAAUUACGACAUGAUGCUGGGUGUCCUGAUGGAACGAGCAGCCUCAGACAGUAAAGAAGUAGAUGGUUUCCAGCAACUGCUAAGUGCUCGAACGCAGGAGUUUAUCGAGGAACUACUGGCCCCUUCGUUUGGUGGAAUGAUUUCCUUCGUUAAGGAGUCAGAGGCUCUUAUUGAGAAAGGCCAGCAGGAGCGACUGCGCAGCGAGGAAGCACGUGUGGCACUGCUGGUGCGUGGCUUUUCAUCUACCUGGAAACAAGCCGUAGAGACUCUGAGCCAGGAUGUCAUGAGGUCAUUUACUAACUUCAAGAAUGGAACCAGUAUAAUACAGGGGGCCCUCACGCAGUUGAUCCAGUACUAUCAUCGUUUCCACAAGAUCCUUUCCCAGCCGCCACUACGCACUCUGCCGGUUUGCUCAGAGUUAAUCAAUCUUCAUCAUCUGAUGGUCGAACUCAAGAAACACAAACCCAACUUCUGAGCCAAUGGACAGGACAUCGCAACACAUUCCAGUGUACAUAUUGUGUAGCCAACACUUGUGUUCCAUUCUCCUGGGGGGGGGGGGGGUUCCAGUUGAUAUGGCUCUACUAAGACCUAACACUACAAAGGCCUCGUUUUGUAACCUACAUUGACUUACAGAUAGAGAUCUUCAAUGAAGUUACCCCACGAUUAUUGUGAUAUCAUAACAUGUAAAAUGAGCUUAUGCUGCUCCUUUCAGUUCUAAAUCACCCACAUUCGUAACUUAUUUCUCCUUUACAUCUAUGUGUCCUAAUAAAAAAUUAAAAAAAAAAAAA